CCGGUACCGCUCUUGUCUCUUUAAACGCAGGGCGGGCAGCGGAGCUCCGAACCCGGAUCAGGCUCCAGUUCUGCGGCUCAGCUGAUCCGGAGGAGACAAAAACAAGUCCGAACCUGGUCCCGAAGCAAUAAAGAAGCAGCCCGAACCUGGUCGGAACCGUCAUGGAUUUCAACGUGAAGAAGCUGGCUUCAGAUGCGGGAGUGUUCUUCACCCGGGCCGUGCAGUUCACAGAGGAGAAACUGGGCCAGGCCGAGAAGACCGAGCUGGAUCCUCACCUGGACAACCUGAUCUCCAGAGGGGACAGCACCAAGAACUGGACRGAGAAGAUCCUGAGACAGACGGAGYUCCUGCUYCAGCCCAACCCGAUUGACCACACCGGUGCUCGGAUCGAGGAGUUCAUCUAUGACAAACUGGACAAGAAGCUUCCGUCCAGAACCACCAACUCUGAGCUGCUGGGUCAGCACAUGCUGGACGCUGCCAAGGAGUUUGGACCAGAUUCACCGUACGGUAAGACCCUGAUCAUCGUUGGAGAGCAUGAGAAGAAACUGGGCGGAGCUGAGAGAGACUUCCUGCAGACCGCCAACGCCACCUUCCUGUCUCCUCUCAGGAACUUCCUGGAGGGAGACUGGAGGACCAUCUCUAAAGAGAGGCGUCUGUUGGAGAACCGACGUUUGGACCUGGACAUCUGCAAGGCCCGGCUGAAGAAAGCCAAGCAGGCCGAGGCUAAAGCUGCGACGAGGCCUCGGAACUACGUCCUGUCUGCCAGCGCCUCAGCGCUGCUGACUGAGGAAGUGGACAAAGCGGAACACGAGCUGCGAGUGGCUCAGACGGAGUUCGACCGGCAGGCGGAGGUGACCCGGCUGCUGCUGGAGGGGAUCAGCAGCACUCAUCUCAACCACCUCAGAUGUUUGCAGGACUUCGCUGAAGCUCAGGCCACCUUCUACGCCCAGGGUCACCAGUACCUGCAGGACCUGCAGAGAGAACUGCACAGAUGUUGUAACUCUGCUGGAGCCCCCCACCCUUCUGCUGCUGGUGGUCCUGACCCGGUCUCCUCUGCCUUCCCAUCUGGACCGGCUUCUGGACCCUCUGGUUCUGCUCAGCUGCUGGUGACUGGAUCCAGGAAGGCCAAGGUCCUGUAUGACUACGACGCUCACGACACCAGCGAGCUGUCCCUGCUGGCUGAUGAGGUAAUCUGUGUCUACACGGUCCCAGGCAUGGAUCCAGACUGGUUGAUUGGAGAACGGGGGAACGAGAGGGGCAAGGUUCCCGUCACCUACCUGGAGCUGCUGAGCUAAAGGUCCGACCGGACCGACACACGCUAACACAACCCUGUCUGUUCUGUUAGCCUCAGCUUAAGCCUGUUAGCUGUUAGCAUGUUAUAGCAUAUGCUAACACACUUCAGGCUAAAGCUGAGGCUCAUUUCAGUUCUUUUAUCUMUAACUUCCUGAAACAGUUAGAGAUCAGCAGAACGGAGGACUGAAACUGCUAAAAGGUCAGCUACAUGCUACUGUUGUUAGCAUUUACCACCGCGUCCAGGUUCCAUUUAGUCUGAGUUUGAUCCAGGAUUAAACUUAACUUGUUGCUCAGGGAUCAGGCUAACCUUUAUUAGCAACAGGAAGACAAGCCAACAGAGUAGAUUCAGGCAGCUAUUACCGUGUUAUAAUCUGACGGCUGUUACGUGUUGUGAGCUAGUUAUAACCUAGUUAUAAACUGGUACCUGCUACGUGUUUUAAGCUGGCAGCUGUUACUUGUUAUAAGAUGGUUAUAAACAUGUUAUAAGAUGUUAUAAACAUGUUAUAAGAUGGUAAUAAAAAGGUUAGAAGCUGUUUGUAAUCUGGCAGCUGUUACGUGUUAAUUUGUUAUAAGCAUGUUAUAAGCAUGUUAUAAGCUGUUAUAAGCUUGUUAUAAACUSYAUAUAAGCUGGCAGCUGUUACAUGUUAUAAGAUGGUUAUAAGCUUGUUAUAACUGGUUAUAAGCUGUUUAUAAGAUGGCCAGCUUAUAYCACAUUUWUAACACACUCAUAACACAUUAUAACAAUUUACAACCGGAUUAAAACCAGUUUGUAACAUGUGACAGCUGUCAGCUUAUAACCCUGACCAGUUUGUAACUAGUUUAUAACAACUUAACACGUAACAGCUGCCAGCUUAUAACUAGUUUAUAACAAGCUUAUAACACACUUAUAAUGACUUAACACAUAACUGCUAUAAURGUG